AUGGAGUACCCUCAACCUGCCAGUGAAAGUGGACCGUCCAAUUCCAAUUCCAAUUCCAAUCCUUCGUAUACCGUAUUGAGGAUCAAGAGGAAAGCUACGGAAGCUCCCUUGUCGUCUCUGGUCAUCCAAGAUAUCGAACCUCGUAUAAGGGCGAAACGACGUAGGGAUGUAUCUGGCCGACCAAGGGGUGUUUUCAGACUGGCUGAGACCGUACCGGAUACUUGGCUAGGAGCAGGUGAGGAAGGAGAGGUAUUGAAGACAAGGAUACAGGGCCUAAUCUCAUCUUCAUCUUCUCAACCUGAUUCACCCAUCUCUCUUCCCAAAUCACCACUCGAUGCUCAACAUGCCUCCGACCCCACUUCCACAAUGCAACCCACCUCCAUCUCCUCACCUUCUCUUCCUACAGUUACGUCUCAGAGUCAGAGUCAGAAUCAAAAUCAAAAUCAGUACCGAGUCAUCCCGCCGAUAAGUCCAAGGACAAGAGCGAUGUUACCUCCUCGAAUAAUGACCAUAGCUGAAACGGAGGGUAGAGGUCGUGAUUCCCCUUUAGUAUUCGUCGACGCUCAAGCUGUACCUCCCUCGUCUACCUCGGAUGGUGGACAGUCUAGAAAUUUGAGACCGGCAAAUGCGGAGGAAGAAAAGGAGAUGGCUAAUUUCUUACCCAUGUUGGAAGAGUAUCUGAAGUUGGAAGAAGCUUCGAAGAAGCCUGAACCUUCAUUUUCCACACCUUUUCAAGAAGAUGAAUGGGUUUAUGAUCUGUAUUAUAGGGAUAAUACUUCUGUACCGCUAGGCUUGGGUGUGGGUGAUGGAGUUAGUAUAGGCCAAUUACUGGGAUUCGAAGAUGUCUCUCCUCCUUCAUCUAUAUCAGGAUCCGAACCAGAGGACGAAGCUGACGAAGAUUCCAAUGACGAGGAUUAUUAUCGGAAUGAUUAUCCGGAAGAUGAAGAUGCCGAUGAGGACAUGCAGGGUUUCAGAGGUGGUGGGGAUGAGGAUUAUAGUGAUGAGUGGAGCGGGAGUGAGGAUGGGGAGGAGGAGGAGGAUAGGGGUGAAUGGGGGUAUAGAUAA